AUGUUUCACCGUCUUCAAAGGUUUACAAAUGAAACAUCAUAUUAUAUAAUAUUAAGUCUUUUAUCAUUAUAUUCAUUAUCAAUAGCAUGUUUUUGUAAAACAUUUUAUCGUCGACCAUAUCCAUUUUCCCAUAAAUUUUUACAAUGUUCAUGUGUUUUAAUUCUUUAUCUUUUUCAAAUUUGGCCUAUAUUAAAAAAUAUUUUUUUUACUUUUAUUUUAUACAACAAUAAUCAAGAAUUAAUCAAAUCAGAAGAAAAAGCUCUUUUUUGGCAUUUAAUACAAAUUAUAUCAUUUAUGUUAAGUGGUCUCAUUUUUGUCGGAAGAGUUCCUGAACGUUUUUGCCCCGGUUUAUUUGAUUUAUUUGGUCAAUCACAUCAUGCAUUUCAUCUUACUAUUUUUCUAACGUCUUUUAGUCAAGCAAAUGCUGUAUUUGAAGAUAUGCUUUCUAUAUCAUUAGAUAAUAUUAAACAUAAUUUAAUGAAAGAUAUUUUAUAUACUUUAGUUGUUCUUAUUUUAGAAUUAAUUACAGUUGUUAUAUGGUUUCGAAUAAGUCGACCGACUAUUGAACGACGAUACAAAAUUGAUUUCAAAAACGAAUAA